GUUGGAUAUUCCUUAUUGAAUUAAUUAGUAUUGGUAUUGCUAUUUUAUUUCUCAUUUAUGCUGGCUUCGGUAACAGACAUGCACAAAAUUUCAAUACUAAAUACUCAGUUGCUAAUCAACAAGGCAACAGUCGUGUAAUUAUUAAGAACAUGGGCUCUUUCAUGUGUACUAUUGUAUGCAUAAUUUCUUUUGUUAUUGGAGUAAUUAUCGUAAAAUUUACAUUCCAAUUGGCCAAACUUAUCGGUGCCAAGAAAACUACAACCAUUCAACAAAUUCAGCGUACUGUUUAG